GCAGCGUUGGCCAAACGGGAGAGGUAGAAAGAAGGCCAGAAGAACCAAAGCGUAACACACAAUCCUCAAGAGAAAGAGAGACACAUAUAUUUAUCUCCUCAAAUCUCGAAUCCUCCGAUCCAACUUUUGAAGAUUCAACCCUUUCCUUUGCUUUCUUUGCAAUCUUAAUUUUGCUUUUAACAGUUUCGAUUGUUGCAGGUAUAAACCCAGAUGGGCAAGUCCUCUUCUUCUCAUACCAAGAAACGCUCCAAGGCUCGAACAAGGAAGAAGAGUAGGAGUAAGAGUAAAAGUAGGAAAUAUAGAUACAAGAAGCUUCGCCGUCGUGACGAUUCUUCUUCGUAUUCUGGUGAGGAUGAUUCAAGAAGUUUGGAAUCGUUUUCGUCUUUUGGUUCAGAGGAUGAUUCGAGAAGUAGAAGGGCUCGAUCGCGCACUCGGAAGGUUGCAAAAGGGAGCAAGAAGAGGGCUCGGAGACGCUCUUAUAGCCGUGACAGCAGCAAGGACUCUGACCGUGGAAAGAAGAGGAAAUCGGCAAAGAAGAAGAAUGAUAAGAAAACUCAUUUGAGGAAGAAGAAGCCUAGGAGGAAUGCUAGUGUUAGUUCCAGGAGUAGUGCGUCGUUUAGCUGCUCAACUUGUCCUAGUGGGGGAAUUAGUGGCGAUGACAUUGAAUCUAAGAGGCAUAGGGACAGACCGGAAAAACGAUACAGAGAUGGAAGUGAUAUUAACAUGGUUGAUAGUGAGACUAAGAGGGCUAGAUAUAGGUCAUGGAGCUGUUCUUCACAAAGUCAGUGUAGCGAGAGUGGUGAUUGUCAGAGUGAGGAAAAAGUGACAAACGAGAACAAUACAAGGAGGUUGAGAUCUGUAGUUACAGUAACGGAAGAAGACAAGCAUGGCAGAUGGAUGGAUACAGAUGGGCACAAAGAAGAGAUUACAUACGAUGACGAUUACCCUUCUUGUAGAAGUAAUGACAGUAAUGACGGAGGAUGCAGGAGGGAGUUGAAUAAUCGUUUAGAUGUUGCAUUUGAAAAGAGAACGGAAGUAGAGAGUGGGAAAGAGGAAGUAGCUUAUGUUUCUAAUGUUCCAAUCAUGGAUCUCAAAGAUAUUCGUAACAUUUUGGAGAAAGAUUGCGCGGGCCAAGGUGAUGGAAUUGGGACUACUGGUCCUAUUAAUGAAAAUAAGAAUGAGGUUUCUGGGACAAUCAGUAGUCUGCCAGGUGAGGAUCUGGAAUCAAUUUUAAGACAAAAGGCUUUGGAAAAUCUAAAAAGAUUCAAAGGAAAGCAUCAAAGAAUUUCAGUGGUAACUACCCAUCGGGAAGACAAGACCGCUAUUGAUUUGAAACAGCAGUCCACUGCAAAGGUUGAAUUGGUUCAAACAGAAUCCCCCGGGACGAGUGGUGCUAGAGUGGUUGUAGCAAAGUCAUCCGAGGAGGAUGUUGCUGAAAGGGUUGAUGCAAUCCAAUCAGUAGAAGAGGCCAAUGGGCCUCAAGAGAGAGUUUCCAUGCUUUCUUCCCAAAACCUUGAAAAGGAACCAGAUGGCAAUGAAUUUAUCUCUGCCAAGCAAGAUGUUGCUUGUCCAAUAGACCAAGUGGUUGUCGGUAUAAAGGUUAAGACCACUGCUGCCCUUAAUAAACCAAACGCGACUUCACCAACAUUGAGGAGUCAUUCGCUAAAAGCUCACCCCACGCUGAAACAAGAACCUGCUUUACAGGAACCUUCUGAGGAAAGAUUGUUGGUGAGUGAGAGUUGUGUAGAUAAGGGUGCUUCUGGGACUGCCCAAACUGUUCCUCGAAGAAGCAAUAGCAAAGGUGAAGAUACCGAUGAUGGUCAUGGUUCUACUGCUCCUGAACCUUCAGGAGAAAAUAGUUCUGAUAAACAGCAAGAUGAAGCUACAGUUGGCUCACAGUUUGAGCAGAAAACAAUGUCGGUGAUGCGAGGUAGUGAAAUGGUACAGGUGAGUUAUAAGGUUUACAUCCCUAAGAAAGCUCCUGCUCUGGCGAGGAGGCAACUCAAGCGGUGAUAUCUCACCCAUCGUUCUGGUGCGCACAAUUUAAAGCAGCCAUUUUCCUCCCCGAACAAUUUUGAAAUUCGCGGUUUAGCAGUCGUUUUAGGUAUUCAUAUCAUCUGACAUAUACUUGCUGGCUGAAUGACAUUGAUAUACUUGUAUUUUCAAGUUUCAAUGCAAUCUUUUGGUUUCUUUUUCUUGUUUUUGUAAGCUACUCACAAAUAUGAAAUGAAUAAAAAUGAAAGAUGUGUUAAGAAUUGUUUGAACUAUA